AUGUUGCAAGAUGGCUUGGUUUCAAGUUCUUGUUCUUUGUCCGGUUCGAAACUACUUCGAUGUGUCUUGUUUCUCCCGCUCCUUUUUAUCUUCUUGACAAUCCAUGCUUCAGCGAGCCGCUUACAGAAAGUUCUAGGGCCAGGUCCAAGUCCAGGGCCAGCGCCGACACCAGAGCCAAAGCCGCCAUGUCCAAGUCCUGGGCGACGCAACACGACGUUUCCUGCGAUCUUUGCAUUUGGGGAUUCAAUCGUAGACACGGGAAAUAACGAUUACAUUUUGACACUGAUCAGAGCUAAUUUUCUCCCCUACGGCAUGGAUUUUCCACAUGGAACUCCCACCGGCAGAUUUUGCAACGGCAAAAUCCCUGCUGAUUUUAUCGCGGAAUUUUUAGGGGUAAAACCAAUUUUACCACCAUACUUGAGACCGGGACUGACCAAGGAAGAUCUCCUCACUGGUGUAUCCUUUGCCUCGGGUGGUUCUGGCUUCGAUCCUUUGACACCUUUCGUAGUAAGAGCGAUACCGAUGUCAGACCAAUUGACAUAUUUUCAAGAAUACAUAGAGAAGGUCAAAGGCUUUGCGGGAAAAGAGAAAGCUGACCACAUCGUAUCCAAAAGCCUAGCCCUUGUGAUUGCGGGCAGCGAUGAUCUAGCCAAUACCUACUAUGGUUCACAUGCAGAAGAAUUCUUAUAUGACAUUGAUUCGUAUACCUCUUAUAUGGCUAGCUCUGCUGCAAGUUUCGCUAUGCAACUCUAUGAAUCCGGAGCAAGAAAAAUAGGGUUCAUUGGUGUUUCCCCGAUCGGGUGUAUACCAAUUCAGAGAACCGCAAGAGGAGGAAUUGAUAGAAACUGUGCUGCUGAAAUAAACGUUGCAGCUCAGCUUUUCAAUACCAAACUCUCUACAAGUUUGCAUUCACUGGGUGAAACCUUGCAAAACGCCACAUUGGUGUAUAUUGACAUCUAUUCAAUCUUCACUCAUAUGAUCCAGAACCCAAAAGAAUAUGGAUUUGAAGAGAUUGGUAGAGGAUGUUGUGGGACGGGGCUGAUCGAGUUAGGUCCGCUUUGCAACAAAUUUACAUCACUUCUAUGCAAGAAUGUGUCUUCUUAUAUGUUUUGGGACAGUUACCAUCCAACAGAAAGAGCUUAUAGGAUUUUGAGCAAAAAGUUUGUAGAGACUGACUUGGGCCCUUUCUAUGACAAUUAA